CCAUGGAAACGGCGUUCCUCAGGGCUUGAUUUCUUUUUUAGAGGAGAGGAAGUUGACAGAGAAAAAUAGUAUAGGUUGAAAUCGUAUGUAACACGAUCUCUUGUAAUGUAACGAUCUUACAUACAUUCUCAAAACAAGAGGAGCCAUGAAUAGCACCCCUGAUGCCCGAGCCAGGGACAGUCAGACAAGACAGAUCCAGGAUACUGUUACAAAUGUUGAAAAGCACUUUGGAGAACUGUGCCAGCUGUUUGCUGCCUAUGUGCGGAAGACUGCAAGAUUACGGGACAAGGCUGAUCUUCUUGUGAGAGAAGUGAACAUUUAUGCAGACACAGAAACACCACACUUGAAAAACGGUUUGAAAAACUUUGCUGAUCAGCUUGCCAAAGUCCAGGAUUAUCGACAAGCAGAGGUAGAAAGGCUGGAAGUUAAAGUGGUAGAACCAUUAAAAUCUUAUGGGACAGUUGUAAAGCUAAAAAGGGAGGAUCUGAAAGCAACUUUAAGUGCUAGGAACCGUGAAGCUAAGCAAAUGCAGCAGCUGGAUAGAAUGAGGCAAAGAAACCCAUCAGACCGACAGAUAAUUUCUCAGGCAGAGAGUGAACUUCAGAGAGCCACAAUGGAUGCCACUCGCACAACCCGGCAGCUGGAAGAAACCAUUGAUGAAUUUGAGAAACAAAAAAUUAGAGAUAUCAAGAAAAUCUUUGGUGAAUUUGUAACUGUGGAAAUGACAUUCCAUGCAAAGGCUUUAGAGGUUUACACAACAGCAUUCCAGAAUAUACAGAAUGUGGAUGAGGAGGAAGAUCUUGAGGUUUUCAGGAGUACACUUCGUCCACCAGACUACCAGUCUCGCUUACAAAUAGUUCGUGCUAAUUCCAAAUCAUCACUCGACAGAACUGGUUCAACAAAGAAUAUGUCAGGGACCUUACAGCAGAGGACCCCAAACACUCUGCGCAAAAAGGAGGAGGAAGAGGAGGGGGGUGAAGAAGAAGAAGAGGAUGAUGAUGAUGAUGAACUAGAAGAUGUCACAGAGGAUGAAAAUUAAGUCUUCUUGUCUUGCUCAUCUUUGCUGUAUGCCAAAUGGCUAAUACGUCAAAAAAAAACCUAAUUUAACAUUUCAUAAUGAUUUUCCUCAUCUAUUAUUCAGUUUGGCAUAUUAUGCUGCAAAUGCUUUUCAAUGACUUUUUUUUUUUUUAUUGUUUCAAACCAAUACAAAUAUUUUAAAUGUUUUUGUUGGUUGGGUGUUUAUAAUUGAACGUAAACAACAAGGUCAAAAUUGCUAGCUUCUUUCUGUAAGUUUGUAUAGGCAGUAUAUUUGAAGCUACGCAUGCAGAUUAGUUACUACAGUAAAACCUGGCUAAUCCAGACCCUUUACAAACUGGCAUUCUGUAAAAUUUGACAUUUUUGGGUCCUGACCAUUUCUUCAUUUUAAUUAAUAUGGCACCCUCCACAAGCCAGAGCCUUUCUUUUCUGGGUGUACUUCUGUGUGCCUUAUAUUACUUUUUUUUUUUAAUUUUUUUUUUUUUAAAUAUUUUUUUGAGCAUUCAUAUAGUCUUUAUACCUUUAUAUUUAGGUACACUAUUUGAUCUCACAGUACCUCUGUAAUCCUGCCACUGUAUGAUCUGGUACAAUUUUCUGGUCCAAAGUAAAGGCAGAUCAGACAGGUUUUCCUGUAAUAACUCAGAGCUGCAUCUAGUCCUCAGGAACAACCUGUACCUCUCCUGUUACAAUUAAGUCACCAAAAUUCUAAAAAUAACCAGAGAUGUGAUAAAUAGUAAGAGACACAAAAAUGCAUGUGGGCCUACAUAGAAUUUGAUACACCUGGAAAAAGAAUGUGGCAAUAAAAUAAGUUAAUUCAUGAAACCAUAUCAUAUGACAGGUAAAACAGCUUCUGUAGUAUGUGUCUUCAUUCAGUCAUUUUUUGAAGAUACACAAUAAAACAUGUUUUUUACUUGUA